AUGGAGUACUAUAGGGCCGUGCGAAGGAUAUCUGCAGUUCGGGAAUGGCCAGCACGCACCCAGACGCUAGAACAAGGCACCAACAGCAUUGAGGAUACCCAGCACGUGAAAAACAUCAACAACAGCGAGAACGAGAUUUUCGAAGUCGGAGCAAAAAUAGCGCCACAACACACUCCGAAAGGUCAAUUGGAUAGCCGAGAGCUCGUCGUGAAGCCCACAAGCGACGCAGGCACCAUGGCAACCCCAUGGCCUCAGCAGCAAACAUGGCCAACGCACCAUAGAGAGCACGCCACCCAACUUAGCAGACACCUUCAGACAGCACUCAAGUCAAUCGACACCGCAAACGGACAACCCCUCAACCCGCAAGCUGUGAGGGCCACGCUCAUUGCAACCCUCUCUCUGCUCGUCAAAAUGCAGAACCUACCCGAACUCGGACACCUCCACCAAGCUUUUGAGAGUCUACGUGCGGAAAACAAGAAAGCCAACGACAACAACAUCCGCGAAACGAGAACCAUCAGGAUUGCCAUGCAGCAGAACACGGUCGAACUUAGGGAAAACAUCAACACAACGCGCGCAGCCAACGCGGCCGCGAUGGAGGCUUGGAACGCUAGCGAGCUGGCAGUCAAGGUCGGGAAGGAUAUUAAAGCACUGGAGCCGAUGAAUCAGGGGAACACCGUGCAGUCAUAUGCUAGCGUAGCCGCCCGAGGAGGACUUGCAGGGAGCAUGCAUAACCCCUGUAACCAGAGAGCGUCCCAGGCCCAGACUCUGCGUGAAAUUAUUGUGAACAUUAGAGACCCCUUCACCAUUGCCAGCAUUAGAGCCAUGAACCCCCGUAGCCUCAAGGCGCACGUAGACCGCGCCAUCGCACAAAGCAGUAACGAGCACAUCCGCAAGCUCAAGACCGUGUCCGCCAGUCAACUCAAGAGCGGCGACCUGAGCGUCAAGACAACAACGAAGAAAGACACGGAAGCCCUCCGGCAGUUUGCCGAGGACUGGGAAAACCACAUCGGCAACGGAGCAGCCGUGAGAAUUCCAACCUACGGGGUGCUAGCGCACGGCAUUAGAACCAGCUCCAUGAACAUGGAUCGCUUCACAGAAAUCAGAGAUGACCUGCUGCAGGAUAAUAAGGCAUUCAUCCCCAGAGCGGACAUCAAGUACUGUUUCAAGUGCUGCGCAUACGGCCAAAUAGGAACCCAGUGCAAGGCAACGACAACAUGCGGCUACUGUGCGCAAGAACACGCGACCCGAGAUUGCUCCUCGAAGAGCGACACGACGACCCCAAGGAAAUGCGCCGCAUGGUACGGCGAACACGAGGCAUGGCACGGCGGAUGCCCCACCCGGAUCCGCGAGAAGGCCAAGAUCAAGGCCGCCUACGGCCAACGGUCGAGGUACCAUCCAGAACAGACGGCCCCGCCGCCGGCCUUAGGACCGGAAACCCGGAUCAGGCCGAACCCGAGAAUCACACGGCCGCCACUGGAACCAGGACAAUCCCAGGAGAAUCGUCCGAGCCGGAGCCGGUCCCCAACGAAGAAGAUCCAGAAGAGGCCUAACCCGACAGCAACCCAGGAAUCGGAGGAGACGAUUACCGUAGCUGCAGAGAAUACGCGUCCGAGACGCACAAUCAUCCGAUCGCGAAGAGCGCUCGAGGCGCUCGACCCCAACACGCAGAUGACAGACACGCAGACGAUAAGCAACAGCACAGCGAUGGAGAUCGUUUACAACGUAAGAAAAUCGAAGGAUACCGUCAUGGCGGCACUUCUCCGUGACCCGAACAUCGAUAAUUACGACAUAGUUGCUAUUCAGGAACCGUGGAGGAACCCCUACAGCGCAACGACACACCAUCCGGCCAAGGACCGGUUCCACCUGUGCUACCCCUGCAGCGAGGAAAGAGGCCAAGCCAGGGUCUGCUUCUUCAUCAACAAGAAGCUCGACCACUCUCGAUGGCAAUUUAGGGAGGUCAGCAGAGAUCUCUGCACUCUGAUUAUCGCAACAGAUGACGAUACCGAAACAAGCCUAGUGCUACAUAAUGUGUACAACCCGUCACCGCGGGAGGAAGAUCGACAGCCGGUCCUACAGCAGCUACGAACAACACUGGAAACACACCAGCACGUUGAGCAAAACGUCGUCGGUGACUUCAACCUACACCAUGAGCUUUGGGGAGGCAGCGAUAUCCGAGCGCCGGACCGCGAAGCAACCGAGCUCUUAGACCUCAUGGACGACACGAACCUCACGAAUCAACUGAGAGCGGGAACCAUAACGUACGAAGAAGGAGAUCACCGGACAACUAUCGACCUCUGUCUCGUAACUGUAGGUCUCGUUGACCGAAUGAUCAGAUGCGAAGUAGAUCACAACAUUGACCAUGACUCCGAUCAUCUACCCAUAGCGACGUCCCUGCACAUAGCAGUGACCGAGCUACAACGAGAGGAGAAACGGAAGUGGAAAGCUGUUGAUAAGGAAAUGUUCGUCGAGACGCUGCGGGGAUCGUUGCCGCAGCUACGAAGACCAAGAACGAAGGCAGCGCUCGACGGAUACGUAGAGAAAAUCAUAGACGCCCUUUCAACCGCCACCAGAGCGGCCGUCCCGACCAGCAUCAUUUCCCCCAAAUCUAGGAGAGGCUGGGACGAGCAGUGCGCAGCCAUCUUGGCCGAGACGAAACGACUCCGCCGCGACUACAGCGAGCGACAGACAGAGGAGAGCUGGGAGGCGUACAGAGAGGCACGCAACAGAAAAGGCCGCAUCGUCAAGAAAGCUCUCCAGCAAGCACAUCGCGACGCAGUCAAAACAGCGGCCGAGUCACCCAGAUCGCUGUGGAAGAUCACCAAAUGGGCCCGGAACAGACAGAGCCAGCCGCCAACCGUUACGCCGGAAAUCAAGAACCCCAACACGCCCCAGAUCGCCACAAUGCCUGAAGAGAAAGCAGCGCUCUUCAAGGAGACCUUCUUUCCCCCGCCGCUAGAGGCAAACCUCGAAGACAUCGACAAAGCAUCGGCAGUCGCAAUACCACAGAUGAUGUACGCAUGCUCGCUGUGGUCCAACAGCGGUUGGGGAGAGAUGGGCUACACGAAAAGAACAUUAAACAGACUGCAGAGGCUCCAAGCCAGAGCAGCCAGGGCAAUGUCCAGAGCAUACAGAGCAACCUCGUUCCCAACACUAGAUGUGGAAAUGCACCUCCUGCCAGUCGAACAACAGAUAUGGAAACACAACAUCGACACCAUCAGCAGAGUAGGCAUGGCCGAAGUCACCGCACGCAGAGGAAAGAAAACGAGCCCAAGACAGACGAUAACAAACCGAAUACACGAUGGACAAGAUGUAACCAGCGAACAACACGAACAACACGAACACGAGCACAUACCGCCUUUCAUCACUCCUCCGUGGUGGCAGGGACCGCGUAUCCACAUCGCCGGAGGCAUGGAGCAGGCCCAAAAAGAACACGAACGUUGUCUGGAAAAGAACACCGACGAAGCCCACAUCUAUACAGACGGCAGCGGCAUCGACGGUCAGAUCGGAGCGGCAGCAGUCUGCACAACCACACAGCAAACUAGGAAAUCUCACAUGGGGGACGACACGACAUCCACUGUCUACGCGGGAGAGCUGCAGGGCAUCGUCCUGGCCCUCGAGAUGGCGCAGGCAGACAAGGAAAACGGAAACCACCGAAGCAAAGUCUUCAUACACACCGACAACCAGGCCGCCAUCAGAUCGUCGACAGUCAAGACAUGGUCGCAUAAACAGUCCCACCACGCGUGGCAAACCAAUUGGGAAACCGAGACGCGAGGGAGAACAUCGUUCCGUCUCACGCCGAAGCCGACAAAGAAGGUCCUCGGACUCCACGAAGGCCUUAGUAAACGCCAAAGCGCACUCUUGGUCCAGAUGCGCACGGAAAAGAUCGGGCUACAGGAUUUCCUCUUCAACCGAAGAGUACCGGGCAUCACCAACGCCAACUGCCCCUGCCGGGAAGGACGACAAACGGUAUCGCACAUCCUGCUGCGAUGCCGCAGGUUUCGGCAACUCCGGCGCCAGGAAUUCGGAACCCUCCCAGGACGACACAAUCUCCGGGUCAUACUGAACAAGCGCAAAGCAGCCGCCAAGGCAAUCCGAUUCAUAGAACAGGCCGAGAUCCUUGGGCAACACGGGAUCGAGUCGCACAGCAGACUAAGCUGA